GUCCUCCUUGUACUGUAUGUGGCGCUGGCUCUCCGGGCCCCUGUUUAUGCCAGCAGCUGGACUGUGGACAGACAAGAGGGAGACAAGGACAGGCACCCCCAAAAUACAUGAUAAAAUAAAUAAUAAUAAUAAUAGUGUGCAUGCUGGGGGCCGGAGAGGAAUAAUGAAGACUGCUCGGAGGAGCUGAAAGGAUUCCCUGUGAUUGAGCUCCUGGCACUUCAUUCGUCAGAAGCCCACGUCCGUUCUCUACUUUCUGCACAUGUGGAAGAGUACAACUCUGAUGUCUAUAAAGGAUCCUGGCGGACCCUCCAUAGAUGUUAUCUCGCGAUGGGGAUGGAUUCUUUGAGAUGACAGAAGGAACUCUUUUAUGGAAGUAUAUACACCUGACAUCCUGUUCCAACGCUGGGGCAACAGGUAGUAGCACGGAUAUUCCGUGCAUUACCUGCAGCUCAGCCAACAUACUUUUUGAUUUGUCCUGAAAAGCAAAGUAUUCUGGGAAUUCCCUGAGGCAACGUCUGCAGCCAGCCUGGAACUGAAUGUGGGCUCCAGCUGUUUCCAGGCCUGCUCCUCCACCACUGGUCAGAGACCAUUCUGUAUGAGCCAUUAAAGAAAAGUUGCUUGAACACUGUGGACCAUGGCACGUCUGACAAAAAGACGACAAGCAGACACAAAAGUAAUCCAAUACUUAUGGACAGCCAUAGAAGUGAUACGUCACCAGAAACAAAUAGCAAAUAUUGAUCGCAUUACAAAGUACAUGACUCGCGUGCAUGGCAUGCACCCUAAAGAGAUCACUCGCCAGCUAAGCCUAGCCGUGAAGGAUGGCCUUAUCGUUGAAACCCUUACAGUGGGAUGCAAAGGAUCUAAAGCUGGUAUUGAACAAGAAGGAUAUUGGUUACCUGGGGAUGAGAUUAUGAAACAUCACCAAAUUCCCGGAAGAGAGGGAAAAUCAGUGAAUUCACCUGAGGAUUGGGAGACAGAAACCCAUGACUGGUAUUGUUUUGAAUGCCAUUUACCUGGAGAGGUGAUUAUGUGUGACCAAUGUUUUCGUGUGUAUCAUCCCAAAUGUUUACCUGAUGACUUAAGGCUCAGAGAUAGCAGUAACCAUUGGCUGUGUCCGGUUUGCAAGAGUAUGAAGAAGAAAAACACAUAUAAGCAGGAGAUGGGAAAAUACCUGAGAUUUAUUGUCUCCCGAAUGAAGGAAAGGGCAAUCGAACUUAACAAAAAGGGAAAAGACAGCAAACACUCAAUGUACAGGCGGAUGGUACACACAGCUAUUGAUGUAACAACCAUUAAUGAGAAAGUAACAGAAGGAAAAUACAAGAGCUAUGAUGAGUUUAAGGCAGACGCGCAACUUCUUCUACACAACACAAUUAUAUUUUAUGGAGAUGACAGUGAGCAGGCCGAUGUAGCCAAGGUGUUGUAUAAGGACACUUGUCAUGAGUUGGAUGAGCUGCAGCUUUGCAAAAAUUGCUUUUAUUUGUCGAAUGCGCGACCUGAUAAUUGGUUCUGCUAUCCCUGUACACCUAAUCAUGAGCUAGUUUGGGCCAAAAUGAAAGGUUUUGGAUUCUGGCCAGCCAAGGUUAUGCAGAAAGAGGACAAUCAAGUCGAUGUUCGUUUCUUCGGCCAUCAUCACCAGAGAGCCUGGAUCCCGUCAGAGAAUAUUCAAGAAAUUACUGUCAAUGUGCAUCAGCUUCAUGUAAAACGCAGCAUGGGCUGGAAAAAAGCCUGUGAUGAACUAGACUUGCACCAACGAUUCGUCCGUGAGGGAAGAUUCUGGAAACCCAAAGGUGAGGACAAGAGAGAAGAAGAAGCUGAAGCCAGCAUCUCAUCAACCAGUAAUGAACAGCAGAAGGCAACCCAGGAACCAAGAGCCAAGAAAGGCCGACGCACUCAAAAUGUUGAACCCAAAAAGGAAGAACCAGAACCUGAAACAGAAGCUGUAAGUUCCAGCCAGGAAAUACCUUCAGUUCCACCACCGGUGGAAAAAAUUUCAGUUUGUACACAGACCAAGAAGCAAAGUCCCUCCUCACCAAGAACAGUACAUCGUAGCACGCAGACCAGCAAUGAUGCCAUUUGUCAGAAUAUGUGUCACGACAAGUACAGCAAAAUCUUAAAUGAGUACAAGGAGAGAAUGAGUACAGACAACAAACUGGAGACGGAAAGAGUUGUGCAGGAAUCAUUAGAUGAGCUACGAAUAGAAAUGGAGGAAGAAAAAAGGCAAGCUGUAAACAAAGCCGUGGCCAAUGCACAGGCAGAGAUGGACAGAAAGUGUAAACAAGUAAAAGAGAAAUGUAAAGAAGAAUUUGUGGAAGAAAUAAAAAAACUAGCAGCCCAACACAAACAGCUGAUUUCUCAGACCAAGAAGAAACAGUGGUGUUACAACUGUGAAGAAGAAGCCAUGUACCACUGCUGCUGGAACACUUCCUACUGCUCCAUCAAAUGCCAGCAGGAGCAUUGGCACGCGGAACACAAGAGGACCUGCCGCAGGAAAAGAUGAAUCUGUCUCCUUUAUUUCUCAGGAGAGACCCUCAUUAUAUCUAUCUUCAAAUGCAGCAGUUGUAAUUUUGUUUUUAUUUCAAGAUGAUGCUUACUACCUGCAUACCAUUUAAUUUUUUAUUUUUUUUUUUAAACCAGCUGAAUGCUCCCUCAGUGCUGUGUGAUAUGCUUCAGCACUGAUGAGGUAAAUCUCCUUUUCACAGACAUUUUUGCACAUUGAGACUUCCUUCAAACUGACUUGACGUUCGAGGGUCCCAUCGGUUGUUGGCAGCGCAAUAAUUGUAGGUCCCUCUGGCAGCAAGCCAAGUUUACUAAUGUACUUCUCCUUCUCCUUUAUUAGCUAGUGUUAGAUGUAACAUAGCAUAUAUUGGAUUGUUUUUAUUGUCACAUUUCUAUGUUAAGAUAUCUUGUUUUAGGAUUUUAAACUAGUACAAAAUUGUUUUAACAAUAGUUGAUCAACUAAACCGCAGCAAGUUUAUUAAAGCAGGGAUAAAGUUCAGUAUAGUCUGUACCUCUGGCUACUAGCGGUAUGCUUACCCCCACUGUAAUUUGACAGCUUAAAAGGCACUGGCAAAAGUUAAUGGGAGGUAUAGUCCGCUAUUAGCUAGCAUCUAGUAUUUGACUAACCAUGCACUUAACCCGUCAUAUACAGACCUAAAGAGCAGAGUUGUAGGGUCUUCCCAAUUCCAUAGAAGAAUAAAUUUCUUCAACUCCAUUUUUGGUCUACAUUUAUAUGUCUCUUUCACACCAGAGGAGCCAGCAUCAUAUUCCUUUCUCUUUAUGCAAACCCUAUACCCAAGGCCCCACUAAUAAAGUAGGUCACUCAAUAGCAAGCCAAGAAAUAUUUAUGUGCUGCCCGCUCCCCCCUAUAACAUUUAAAGAUCAAAAACUAUAAAACAACCGUUAAAUUAUUGGGGGCAAACAACACAAGAAUACUACCUUUAUCACAUCAUCAAUUCGGGAAACUGUCAAUCCUGUUUUAUUACUUACCUUUUACAUUUUGAAAGCAUUACAAUUUAGUUAUACCUAUGGGUUGCAAGGUAAAUAUUUUAGCAAACAGGGUUCUCAGAGCAGGACUUCAGCCUGCAGAUUUUAUUUGUAAAGUAUACCCACAUUUGUUUGUUACUUAUUUUCAAUAUAUAAAACUUUUUAUAAAGAAAAAAAAUAUAUUAGCUUUGAUCUCAUAAUUGUACAAAUACAGGUAAUCAUUUCAUAGAUAAAAAAACAAACCUCUUUACAAUUUGCACAUUUCAUUGCUCGAACAAGGCACGCUUAAUAGAAUGCAAGCCAAGAACUACCUUCUCUUUGAAUUUUGGAUUUUUUUACACUAGGAUCGGUGAGUUCUGUUUGCCAUCAUCUUUCCCGACACGAUGUACCAUUAAAAGAGGGCUUUUCAGGUUGGCAUCCUGUAAAUGCCAAUGUGUCUUUUUAAUUUUUUUUUUCCAAUAACUAGGGAGAUUUCUGUUCACCUGUUGGUUAAAGGUUAAAAUACCACUUUUGUAGAUAUGCCAAUCAAUGAUUUUACAUGUAGGCCUCUUAUUUGAAUAAUAGAUUGUUUAUGGCCAGGCAGCAGCAUUUGUAAUAUCAUCUUUGACACAAGCUCUAUAAGUUUAGUAUUUUUUUAUUUCCUUUUUGGUAAACUGAUCAAUCACCCAUUAGCUGGUAAAGGUUGUCACCCUAUCACAUUUUUGGAAGAAAAAGAUAAUAGCAAAACAAGUGGUGUAUGCCAGUUACCUUUAUAGUGAAAAACACUGUCAUUCGUUAGUAAACAUACAAAAAAAAUGUAUUUAUUACAAAAUAACGGAAGAAGCGUUACCUGUAGGAACACAUUUAUAUCCUCUUUUGGGGAAAUCGGAUAAAGAAAAAUACAUCUUUUCAUAUAUUAAUUUUCACUUGCUAAUCUUUUUUUAUUAAAAAAUAAUUAUCCUGCAGUAGUGAUGGUCAUCCUUGGCCCUGGUUUCUGAACCACGCUUCCUGUGAUGACUGAGCAUUAUAGGAAGUGUAGCUCAUCCACGUGCGCAGUACCAAGAAGUUGCUGUCCUGCGUUACCACCAUUUUAGUUCUGUAGUGGAUUUAAUCUUUUUCUUGAUUAGGUUUCUCUGAUUAUUUGUGAAAGGGGUCACUGUUUAUGUUUGUUUAAUACAAUAACUUGGAGAGUAACUGUAGCAAAUUUAACAAUCUAGUUAUUUGGAGGGGAUUUAAGGAAAAAAGUGUAAAUAUUUAUUUAGAACAUCAAUAUUUAUUGCAAGCGUUUAGACAAUGGCAGUGGAGAAUUUGCAAGAGAGGCAUUAAGUAAUUCUUUUAAAGUAUAUUUUUGUUUUCCUUUUAUUUUUUUUUUAACAUACACAUUUUAACCAGCAUAGCUGCAGUUUUGUGAUAUUAUGUGAACAUCUUGCUCAUUCCACACUAUUGUAGUGGAAUUUAAACCACUUUACUGCUACGAAGGCCUUUAACGCAGUUCUUAAGGCAACAGACGUGGUCACAUUAAAAGGAAAUUGACACAAUGAGGACCAUCAAUCUAGCCCUAUGAAAGCAAGUUCUAGUGGAUAUACAUUUGAUGUAAAAUCAUUCCAGGAAAUGUACUAUAUAACUGGUAUCUGCAUGAGAUUAAGACGUGUUAUUUUGGCUUAUUUACCUGUGUCCUUUGACAUGGUUGCACAUUGCAGAGUUAAAUUUAGUGUGAAAUCUUCAAAUUAAAAUCGUGGCCUGGUUUUGUAUACGUUGUAGAUUAAAAAACAAAACAUUGUUUUGAUUUUGGAACCAUUAUUAUAAAUGAUUAACUUUGAUUUCUAAAGCUGUAUUAAGAUGUUAAGCUUGGCCACUAUGCACAUUGUAAUUAUCCAUUGUGGCUGUCUAGUUCUAUGACACAUUCUGCCAUUUUGUAAGCGGCUCUUGCUAGCAAUAUGUGUUAACAUUUGUUAAUAAAUGUAUUUAAAAGAA